AUGUCUACGCGUAAAGUAUCUUUCAUCGAUGUUCCCUCCCGAGAAUCAAAGUUUGGUAUAAGAGGAACUCCCAUCACGAUUCCUAUUCAAGGGUCUAAUUCUAGAGGCACCGCGAUUCCUGUACCCUCACGUGAACCAACAACAAUAAAUGUUCCUGUCGUUGCAUCAACAGGAGGUCAUGAAGCAGGAGUCUCACAAACCCAAGUUUCAUUAGAGACUUCGUCGUCUUCGUCGUCAUCCUUGUCACCAAAUAAUAAUCUUUUUUCUUCCUCAACGACAAUGAAUAAACGAGUCUCGUCAGAAACAAAAAAUAACAAAAUUCCCAGGAAAAAAAGAAAGAUUCUUCCCUGGGAAGAUGAUCCUUACGAGGAACCGUUGGAUUUAUCAGAAAUCAAAAUGGCAGAUUUAUGCAGAGAUGUAAAAGUUGGAAGAAAAUCAAGUAAAUUUAAGAAAUUGGCAAAGAAAAAGUAUAUGGAAGCUCAACGAAAGAGACAAGAAAGAAAAGCAAGGGCAGCAGCAGCAAGAGCAUCCGUUUCAUCAUCAUCUAUGGAUCCCACUAAUAAUGAAGAUGACAAUGAUGUUGGGAUUCAAGAAAAUAAUGAAAAUUCUAUAGAUUUUCAAGAUAUCGGAGUGACGUCUCCUGUUGCUCCUUCGACAUCAAAUAUCGAAAAUGAAUAUAAUGAAGAUGAAGUAGAAAGAAUAAUCAUGAAUGAUGCUGCGAUAAAUGAUUCUAAUGACCAUGAUGAUGUUGUUGCUGAGGGAGAAAUUGAUGAUGACGAUGAUGAUUAUGAAGAUAUUGCACCAGAUCAAAAUGAGGAUGAGAAUGAAUCACUCGAAAAUUAUAAUGAACCUUCAGAAACCAUCGAAGAAGCAGCAACAGAUAAUGAAGCAGAGGAAUUGGAUGAAGAUCUGCUGAACGAUCCUAAUAUUACUCUUGUGCGUUCAAUGCAAAUACAAGAAUCGUCAAUUGCACCACAAAUAAGAUGUGUUGAUGGCAAAGUUGUGCUUGACAUUGAAUCUUUGCAAGUAGAUCGUGAGGCAACUGCUCGAAGUGAAGAAGCAAAUGCUCCUUUACGACGUUUAGUAGAAAACGAUCUCACCAGAUUGACCAAUUCAUUGUCAUAUUUACCACCUCGCCAGAAAACGAUGAGAUGGACACCAGAGGAUAAUGAAUUAUUUUUCAAAGGCCUUUCUCAAUGGGGGACAGAUUUUGGAAUUAUCGCGAAAAUGUUUCCUCACAGAAAUCGUAAACAGAUUAAGGCUAAAUAUAAACGGGAAUCAAAACAAAAUAAAGAAAAGGUUGAUUACGCCUUGAAGAACAAGAUACCGAUAGAUAUCGAAGAAUAUUCCAAAGUUUCUGGAAUUGAAAUCCCCGAAAAUAUUGAAUUUGCCGAAGUAGAGCCACUAGAAGUGAUACAUACUCCAGAAGCCUCAGAAGCAACUACUCUAUUUCAUCCUGAAUCUCCACUAACAUCAGAAGCAGCUACUUUAGUACAAGAAAUGACUGAUACUGUAGCAUCAUCACCGCGUGAAUCUGAGGCUAUUGAGGUGCUAAAUUCACCAACAGGAUCAGAUGAUGAAGCAUCUGGUGCAAUUCAUGAACAUGAAUCACAAAUAGCAGUUUCUGAGAUUUCAGAAAUCAUGCAAGUGCCCGAUUCACCAGAAGCUUCUGAGGUGACCGAAGAUAACAAUGAUGAAAAUUAUGAACUUGAAUCUGAUGAAGAGCGAUCACGAGAAAAUUUAGAGUUUUCAGAAGAGGAACUAUAA